AUGCUGCGACACUCCUGUCUGAAGGCUUUCACUGCCCUAUCACCGCCCCGAUUCUCGCUCCUCGCCCCCAGACGACCUUACUCGGCCGUCACCGCCCUCCCACGAUGUGAGCGCAUCGAGAUCCCCUGUCGGUCAAACGGCUCCAUUACGGUUGACGUAUUCCACGCAUCAGCAUCUAAAGCUCCGGUCCUGCUUUACCUGCCUCCAGGACCAGUAGUGCCAGAGAGCUCAGAUGAAGACACACGCGUUAUCACAACGCUAAAAGAGUCAAGUUCUGGGACUAUCGUGCGUGUCAACUACCGCGCGUCGUCGGCGCAUCAGUAUCCGACCCCAUGUCACGAUGUGCUGCUUGGCUACGAUUGGGUCCGCGAGCAUAUCCUUAUCGAUGAAUUCGAACGGCCUUAUCUGGCUCGCAUGGGUGUAUGCGGAGAACUAGUCGGCGGCUCAUUGGCAACGAUGCUGGCUCUGACAGAGUGUCGUGUUGGGGAGAGUCGAAUCGGCGCUGCAGCCAUCAACAAUCCGAUUGUAGACUGGGUGUUCCCAGACGAGCUCCCAGUCGUCCAGCCGGAGGAUCUGCCCGAGCCGCAAUAUGGCGACGAAACCCAACUUCCAGCUGAUGAAGACAUGGCUGGUUCAUUGGCGAUUCGCGAGGCCAUAGAGAAUCUGCAAACUGGAAAGAAGCGUGGCAGGAAGCGAUUGCCCAAAACACCGCCGCCGACAUCUUGGCAAGCUUAUGGAGAGAACGGAAUCAUACCCACGAUGAUUUUGUCGGAAAGGCGUGACGUUCUAUUUAGGAAGCCGCAAGACUACUUCGAUCGAUUUGCAUCUCCACUGCACUUCUUCCGUUCCCCUCAUGCGCAACUUACCCUGCCGCCGCAAGACGACAUCUUCGCAUCACAGCAACCAGACGAGCUCCUCGACAUCGAGACUCAGAUGGCCAUGAAUCACUAUGCGACUUUCGAGGAUGCCAUCAAAGCCCCACCAGCGGUACCAACGCUGAGCAGAUGUCGUGCCUACGCCCGCAACUACCCUCCAGCAGGUACCAGACUGAGUCUGCCGAUAUGGAACGUCACAACUGGACUGCAGAGUCCGCUCAACGAUACCACAAACGAUCUAGCCAAGCACCUUCGACGCAGCAUCGCCCGCCAAAUUCUGAAGACGCAUUCUGGGCGAUCCCGCUGGCACGACGCAGCAGAGAAGAAGCAAUACGAAGAAAUCGCCCAAGACAGAGUCGAACUAACCUCCUACGAAGGCGUCGGACUCUGGUCUCAACAAGACCCCGAUCCAGCAACGCGUCCACGAAUAGAAGAAAUCGGAGCAUGGAUGAAACGACAAUUACAACCUGGUUCCUUCUAG